CAAGGAGCGAAGCAAUCUAGAACCAAAGAGGAAUUUCCUGACAGCUAGAACAAUUAAUCAGUGGAAUAACUUGCCUCUAGAAGUUGUGUACGCUCCAGCUUAUCUUAGCUGUCUUCACCAGGAGAAAAUCACCCUCCUGAAAGAGAGAACUGGGCAUCUUCAGAAGACAAAAGGAACUUGAAGGAAUUGGGUCAUAAUGAAAUUCUGGUUACUGGAGAGGUUUCAAGGCAAGGUAACUCAGCUGAAUAUUGAAAUUACAUGAAAGUAUCUUCUAUCAAUUCCUGAUCAGGGUUCCAUAGUAACCAUGAAAGGCAAUGAAACGAGAAUCAGUGAGUUCAUACUUCUGGGCUUCACAGACAUUCGAAAACUGCAGCUCCUAUUCUUCGUCAUCCUUCUCUUUUCCUACUUCCUCACUAUUACUGGAAAUGCUCUGAUCAUCAUCCUGGCUAAUAGAGACUACAGGCUACACAGCCCAAUGUAUUUCUUCCUCUGGAAUUUUUCUGUUUUGGAGAUUGGAUUUACCACUGCUGUAACUCCCCAAACCUUGUCCCAUCUUUUGAUGGCCCAUAAAAUUGUUCCCUAUGUUGGUUGCAUGAUACAGCUUUUCAUGUAUUUACAUCUGGGCACCACUGAGUUCUUCCUCUUAGCAGUCAUGUCCUAUGAUAGAUACCUGGCCAUCUGUAACCCUUUACGCUACCCAUCCAUCAUGCAGAAGAGUUUAUGCACUUUGCUGGUUCUCUGUUGCUGGAUUGGAAGCUUCCUCCUCAUCAUUGGUCCCUUUGUGAUCUUCCUACAGCUUCCAAUGUGCAACUCAAACAUCCUGGACCAUUUCUUCUGCGACAACACACCAUUGAUCCAACUCCUUUGUGGGGACACUAGACUUCUGGAACUGUUUGGGUUUGUCACUGCUGUGCUUUCCUUGCUGGGGACUUUAACCAUUUCAGUAGUUUCCUAUGUCAACAUAAUAAAAACUAUCUUGAACAUCCCAUCUGCUACAGGGAGAAAGAAGGCGUUUUCCACCUGUGCCUCUCACUUCAUUGUUGUGUCCAUCACCUACGGGAGCUGCAUCUUCCUUUAUAUCAACCCAUCCCAGACAAGCAAAGUGGAGUUUGGCAAAAUAGUGGCCAUUCUCAACACCAUUGUUUCCCCUUUGCUCAAUCCUUUCAUUUACAGCUUGAGAAACCGACAAGUUCAGGAAGCCUUGAAAGAUCUAUUGAGAAAGCUAGCAGUCUUUAUUAAAGGUCCAAGGAAAACCUGAGAACAUCGUUCUUUGUGGACUUGGUGUAUCUGAUAUCUGGUUUGUGGGGCUGACCAAUAUGCCUUUAUUUGAUAGUUUGAAGUAGCAUUUCCGUUCAUCAAAGCCUUAUGGUUGAACCUUUGUGGAAUAUCCAUUGAAGUUCUCCAGCACUGAAGGGUCUGAUAAAUGUGGUCUUCAUGUUAGGUUACAUAUAACUGUCAUGGGGUUUCUUUAUCUGUUUCUUUUCCCCUAAAUCUUAAGAGUAGAUAGAUAUUUUUCAAAAGUGGAAGUUGAGGAAAGAGGAUUUCCUUGGAACACCUCAAUGUUUCAGACCAUAAAAUCACAGGAUUAGAAGGGACUUUGGAUGUUUUCUUGUCCAGCCCUCUGCUCAAGGGAAGAGAUCUUAUAGCAUUCAGGUCAAAUGGUUGUCCAGUCUAUUUUGAAAACCUUCGCUGAUGGAUCACCCACAACUGAGAGAGGCAAGUUAAUUGUUUUCACCAUUAGAAAACCUCACCUUACUUCUAGGUUGGAUCUUUCUUUAACAAGCUUCCUCCAUUCUUUGGUCCAUCAUGUUGGUUCUAUCUAAAAUGUCUUCCCCACAGAGGUCCCAUGCAGCUGUCAGAGAAUUAAUGCAACAUGACAUUUAAUCUCCCCACUAUUACAUACACACAGAUACACCUUCCUGAAGAUCUUUGGUUUGGGUGUUGAAGGUUGGGACUGGCAACCAUUCCAAACCACUGUUGAAUUGAGCCUUGCAUCCUAAGGAUGAGUGUGCAAAGAGGAAUUGGUGAGUAUAUGAAAUCAAGACUCGAAUGGACAAGGCCAUGUUUGUGUUGGAAACAGGUGAAUGUCAAGCUCUGAAGAACUCUUACGCUGUUUCAUCCAUUACUGCUUCUCAGACUCAGGGGGAGGAGAGGGGUGAAUGAAAUGCAGACGUCAGAUAUUGGUUUUCCUUUCA